GGGCCGCCUCGGCACGUCCGCUCCGGCGUCCACACCGGCGCCCGCACCCGCGCCCCACCCGCCGCGGAGGACUCGGCCCGGCUCGCGGAGCCCUUCGCCCGCGGCGUGAGUAUCCCCGACGCGCCCGGCCCCGCUGUGCUGGAGCCCCGGCGCCGCGCCGCCCUCCCUGGCUUUUCCGACGGGCGAGCCCGGCGCUGCGCGGGAAAGAAUCCGAACACUUGGAGGCCAGUCUCUGCUGGACCGGCCGGGAGCGCAGCCGCCCGCUCCCCUCCUGGCGCUGCCCCUGCUUCGCGUUUGCCUUGGCUGGGCUUCCACCUGCGCGGGGACGGCACUCGGAGGGUCCUCGCCCCAGGCCCACCUACCUGAAAAGCAGAACUGAUGGCUCUAUUUGAAGUCUUUCAGACAACAUUCUUCUUGACAUUGCUGUCCUUGAGGACUUACCAGAGUGAAGUCUUGGCUGAACAUUUACCAUUGACUCCAGUAUCACUUAACGUUUCCACCAAUUCUGCACAUCAGAGUUUGCAUUUACAAUGGACUGUCCAAAACCUUCCAUAUCAUCAGGAAUUGAAAAUGGUAUUUCAGAUCCAGAUCAGUAGAAUUGAAACAUCCAAUGUCAUCUGGGUGGGGAAUUAUAGCACGACUGUGAAGUGGAACCAGGUUUUGCAUUGGAGCUGGGAAUCUGAACUCCCUUUGGAAUGUGCAACACACUUUGUAAGAAUAAAGAGUGCGGUGGACGAUGCCAGGUUCCAUGAGCCAAAUUUCUGGAGCAACUGGAGUUCAUGGGAGGAAGUCAAUGUACAAGAUUCUCUUGGACAGGAUAUAUUGUUCGUUUUCCCUAAAGAUAAACUGGUGGAAGAAGGUGCCAACGUCACCAUUUGCUAUGUUUCUAGAAACAUUCAAAAUAAUGUAUCUUGUUAUUGGGAAGGGAAACAGAUUUAUGGAGAACAACUUGAUCCACACGUAUCUGUAUUCCACUUAAGUAGUGUGCCUUUCAUUAGGAAAACAGGGGCAGAUAUGUAUUGUGAGGUGAGCCAAGGAAGUGUCUCUAAAGGCAUAAAAGGCAUCGUUCUCUUUGUCUCAAAAGUACUUGAGGAGCCCAAGGACUUUUCUUGUGAAACCCAGGACUUCAAGACUUUGCACUGUACUUGGGAUCCUGGGGUGGACACUGCCUUGGGUUGGUCUAAACAACCUUCCCAAAGCUACACUUUAUUUGAAUCAUUUUCUGGGGAAAAGAAACUUUGUACCCACAAAAACUGGUGUAAUUGGCAAAUAACUCAAGACUCACAAGAAACUUAUAACCUCACACUCAUAGCUGAAAAUUACCUAAGGAAGAGAAGUGUCAAUAUCCUUUUUAACCUGACUCAUCGAGUUUAUCCAAUGAAUCCUUUUAGUGUCAACUUUGAAAAUGUAAAUGCCACAAAUGCCAAAAUGACCUGGAAGGUGCACUCCAUGAAGAAGGAUUUCACAUAUUUGUGUCAGAUUGAACUCUAUGGUGAAGGAAAAAUGAUGCAAUACAAUGUUUCCAUCAAGGUGAAUGGUGAGUACUUCUUAAGUGAACUGGAACCUGCCACAGAGUAUAUGGCCCAAGUACGCUGUGCUGAUGCCAGCCACUUCCGGAAAUGGAGUCAGUGGAGUGGUCAGAACUUCACCACACUUGAAGCUGCUCCCUCAGAGGCCCCUGAUGUCUGGAGAAAUGUGAACUCAGAGCCAGGAAGUCACAUUGUGACCUUAUUCUGGAAGCCUUUAUCAAAAUGGCAUGCCAAAGGAAAGAUCCUGUUCUACAGUGUAGUUGUGGAAAAUCUAGACAAACCGUCCAGGCCAGAGCUCCACUCCGUUCCUGCACCGGCCAAAAGCACAAAACUAACUCUCGACCAGCGUUCCUACCGGAUCUGGGUCACAGCCAGCAACAGUGUGGGCACCUCUCCUGCUUCCGUAAUAGUUAUCUCGGCAGACCCUGAAAACCAAGAGGUUGAGGAAGAAAGAAUUGCAGACACAGAGGGUGGAUUCUCUCUGUCUUGGAAACCCCAACCUGGAGAUGUUGUAGGCUAUGUUGUGGACUGGUGUGACCAUCCCCAGUAUACACUCUGUGAUCUCCAGUGGAAGAAUGUAGGUCCCAAUGCCACAAGCACAGUCAUUAGCACAGAUGCGUUUAGGCCAGGAGUUCGAUACAACUUCAGAAUUUAUGGGUUAUCUACAAAAAGAAUUGCUUGUUUAUUAGAGAAGAAAACAGGAUACUCUCAGGAACUUGCUCCUUCAGACAACCCUCAUGUGCUGGUAGAUAAGUUGACAUCCCAUUCCUUCACUCUCAGUUGGAAAUAUUACUCUACUGAAUCUCAACCUGGUUUUAUACAAGGGUACCAUGUCUAUCUGAAAUCCAAGGCGAGACAGUGCCAUCCACGAUUUGAAAAGGCAAUUCUUUCAGAUGGUUCAGAAUGUUGCAAAUACAAAAUUGACAACCCAGAAGAAAAGGCAUUGAUUGUGGACAACCUAAAGCCGAAAUCUUUCUAUGAGUUUUUCGUCACUCCAUUCACUAGUGCUGGUGAGGGCCCCAAUGCUACGUUCACGAAGGUCACCACUCCGGAUGAACACUCCUCGAUGCUGAUUUAUAUCCUACUGCCCAUGUUUUUCUGCUUCUUGCUCAUCAUGAUUGUGUGCUACUUGAAAAGUCAGUGGAUUAAGGAGACGUGUUACCCUGACAUCCCUGACCCUUACAAGAGCAGCAUCUUGUCAUUAAUAAAAUUCAAGGAGAAACCUCACCUAACAAUAAUGAAUGUCAGUGACUGUAUUCCAGAUGCUAUUGAAGUUGUAAGCAAGCCAGAAGGGACAAAGAUACAGUUUAGGAAGUCACUCACAGAAACCGAGUUGACUAAGCCUAACUACCUUUACCUCCUUCCAACAGAAAAGAAUUACUCUGGCCCUGGCCCCUUCAUCUGUUUUGAGAACUUGACCUAUAACCAGGCAGCUUCUGACUCUGGCUUUUGUGGCCACGUUCCAGUACCCCUGAAACUCCCCCCAAGUCAGCUGGGACUAAUGAUCUCACCUGAAAAUGUACAAAAGUCACUAGAAAAAAACUACAUGAACUCCCUGGGAGAAAUCUCAGCUGGAGAAACAAGUUUGAAUUAUGUGUCCCAGUUGGCUUUACCCACGUCUGGAGACAAGGACAGUCUCCCAACAAAUCCAGUAGAGCCACCACACUGUUCAGAGUAUAAAAGGCAAAUGGCAGUACCCCUGUGUCUUGCCUCGCCUCCCCCGACCGAGAAUACCAGCCUCUCCUCGAUUACCCUUUUAAAUCCAGGUGAACACUACCGUUAACCAGCAUGCCAAUUGCAUACUUUAUGCUACACAGACAUUAAGAGGAGCAGAGUUGCCACCCUCUCAUCACCGGUGGCCUUGGUCCUUAAUCCCAUUACAAUUUGCAGUCUGGUUUAUAUAAGAGCACUACAGUCUGGCUAGGUUAAUGGCCAGAAGCUAUGGAAUGUAACACUCCCUGUUGGAGGAGGCUUGCCCUAGAAAUGGCAGGAUCAUGGGAGCAUGCUUACCUUGCUGCUGUUUGUUCCAGGCUCACCUUUAGAACGAGAGACUUGAGCUUGACAUACGGAAAUGCAUUAACCACUCCACAGACCCCCACUCAGUACUGUACAGGAUGGCUAUGGUCCUGUAAGGUUACUGAAGAAAUAUUUCUGUUAGAAACAAUUAUUAUUAUUUUAUUGAAGAUUGAAGGCUUCAAUAAAAGCCACAGGAGACUUAUUACUACAGCAUAAAUUGUCAAUGUAAAUUUACUGAGUGUGUUUAAU